AUGGCUCAUAAAAAUGGAGCCAAUCUGCUUGGAUCGAGACUGGGCAUCCAGACCCCGUGGAUCACGUGUCCACUUUCCCAGGCCUGGCUUGCUGCUCGGAAAACACUUGUUGGAAAGUGCCCGAGGCCCGCGCGCGCCCGAGUCGCACUCCCCGGAGGCUUCGGGACGCCGGCCGGGCGCGGUCGCGCGGGGGCGGGGCUCGCGCAGACGUCGGCCCGGGGCGGGGCUGGGGAAUCGCGCAGGGGGCGGUGCGCGGUGACGUCGGGCGCCCGGGCGGAGCUGUGGCUGUGGUGGCGGCGGCGGCGGCGCCCGGCCGACAGCGGCAGCGGCAGCGGCAGCGGCAGCGGCAGUCCUGAGCAGGGUGGAGGAGUUACUGAUGGCCAUGGAGAAGGUAAAACAGGAGCUGGAGUCCAUGAAGGCGACGCUGUCCUGCACUCAGCAGUCACUGGCAGAGAAGGAAACUCAUGUGACCAACCUUCGGGCCGAGAGAAGAAAACACUUAGAGGAAGUUCUGGAGAUGAACACAUGCAAAUGACAGUCCAGGCUCUCCAGGAUGAAUUGCGGAUCCAGAGGGACCUGAACCAGCUGUUUCAACAGGAUAGUAACAGUAGGACUGGUGAGCCUUGCGUGGCAGAGCUGACGGAGGAGAACUUUCAGAGGCUGCACACUGAGCAUGAGCGGCAGGCCAAGGAGCUGUUCCUCCUUCGAAAGACUCUGGAGGAGAUGGAGCUGCGGAUUGAGACUCAGAAGCAAACCCUGAACGCUCAGGACGAAUCCAUCAAGAAGCUUCUGGAGAUGUUGCAGAGCAAGGGGCUUUCUGCUAAGGCUACUGAGGAGGACCAUGAGAGAACAAGGAGACUGGCAGAGGCAGAGAUGCAUGUCCACCACCUCGAAAGCCUUUUGGAGCAGAAGGAAAAAGAGGACGCUCUGUUGAGAGAGGAGAUGCAUCGGAGAUUUGAGAAUGCCCCCGAUUCUGCCAAAACUAAAGCUCUGCAAACUGUUAUCGAAAUGAAGGAUUCAAAAAUUUCCUCUAUGGAGCGUGGGCUCUGAGACUUGGAAGAGGAGAUUCAGAUGCUGAAAUCUAACGGGGCUUUGAGUACUGAAGAACGAGAGGAAGAAAUGAGGCAAAUGGAGGUCUAUCGGAGCCAUUCUAAAUUUAUGAAAAACAAGAUUGGUCAGGUGAAGCAGGAGCUGUCCAGAAAGGACACAGAACUACUCGCCCUACAGACAAAGCUAGAAACACUCACCAACCAGUUCUCAGACAGCAAGCGACACAUUGAAGUGCUGAAGGAGUCCUUGACUGCUAAGGAGCCUCGAGGGCUGCCAUCCUGCAGAAUGAGAAAGAAGGUCACAGGCCAAUAAGCCAGAGACAAACAGGCCCAGUUACCGGGUCAGGCCGCCUGACGCCAGAUGUGACUGUUUUGAAAUAAUGCAAGAAGAAGAAAAAUGCAAGACCUUCAUGACUUCGAUCCUUAUCAUACACCCCCGGACUUUGAGCCCCACCUAUAAGAUCUCCUCUGAUUCCUCGGGAAGUGAGGGCACAGUUCUUGAGGCACUAGCCUGCUGUGGUUUCCCCUUUGCCUGGCAAAGAAUUAAAAGCUAUCUUUCUUUUCCUCCAAAAA